AGCCCCCACACCCUAUGAACUGAGACCACCCCGCCGCCGGGAUUGGGGAGCUGUCUUGCCGCCUGCCUCGAUUCUUAAUUGGGACACAGGCUGCCUGACAAAGCAGAUGCUAGGCUCUGGACUGUCUUGGUCGGCGGGGCAAGGCGUCCCAGUUACGUACGUAGCCAUUGGCCAAAGUAGAUUGGAUGGAUGGAUCAACCUUGUGUCACGGCUCAGAGGACAAGAUAAUGCAUACUACUGCGCAUCAGAGACGAGGCGUGUCUGGUACUACAACAACAAUGCGUCAGGCCUUAACAGGGCCAUUAUGCGGAUACGGCAUAGUUAUUAUGUGAGCCGCUCUAUGAGCUGGAAUCCCAGUGCCAUGGAUUCACACACAGCCCAAUCUAGCGAAGAAAAGAAUCGGUCCCUGAAUAAUCAUGCGUCUAGGUUACAUUCCGCAAAUGCUGUCUGUUCCCUUGAGCACGUUCACUUGGCACAGCAAGCCUUUCUCACGUGCUCUACAUAGCCGCCUUGUCUGACACGGUCCCCUUGGGGCGCCUCAUCUCCCGUCAAGGUUGCCCUGUUGGGCCAAAUCCUACCCUGUGCUAUGAUGUAACCCAAGGGUCCUCGUGCUGUACGCCAAGUCGCUGUUUGUGCACACAUAACGUGAAUCCUAUGAAGACGUUGAUCUGAGGAGAAAUGACUUAGUGGGGAACCGUCUACCGGGAAAUAGGUUCAAC